AUGAACCGCCCCGCAGAAAGGGCCAUCGCGGGGUUUCCUGAAGUGGUUACUCCUACCAGCAAGGGCCAGAGUGUGGCUGCUGGGAAGGUGGCGGGAAAUCCAAGCCCAUAUCUGACAUGGAAUAAAGUCCUACUUGACCUACUCUCGCUCCCUAAGAAGAGCAGCAAACACCAAACCAGAUCCAGAAUUAUGCAACACUUUCUAAUAAAGGCAACUGGUGAUUCGAAAAACAAUGGUGUGACUCAGAAGGCCUCAGCACCUACCUACCCCAGCCUCUACUCUUCCUGCCACCAGGGAUGCCUGGUGAACCCGACUGGGAACCUUCCGACGUGGAGCAACCAGACCUGGAACAAUUCAUCCUGGAGCAACCAGACCCAGAACAUCCAGUCCUGGAGCAACCACUCCUGGAAUGCUCAGACCUGGUGCACCCAGUCCUGGAACAAUCAGGCCUGGAACAGUCCCUUCUAUAACUGUGGAGAGGAAUCUCUGCAGUCCUGCUUGCAGUUCCAGCCAAAUUCUCCUGCCAGUGACUUGGAGGCUGCUUUGGAAGCUGCUGGGGAAGGCCUUAAUGUAAUACAGCAGACGACUAGGUAUUUGAGUACUCCACAAACCAUGGAUUUAUUCCUAAACUACUCCACGAACAUGCAACCUGAAGAUGUGUGAAGAUGAGUGAAAUUGAUAUUACUCAAUUUCAGUCUGGGCACUGGCUGAACCUUCCUGUCCCCUCCUCCCCUCCCUGA